AUGGCCGCCGCAUACACGACCCAGCCCCCACCCCGGCCGGCCAGGGAAGGGCCGCAGCCCCGGACCGGCACCCGCAUGGCACCCCCACCCGCCCGCGAGACCAGGGCGCGCCCGACGGGAUCCACGCACGACCAGACGCAACCAGACAAGCCCCAGCUGAAAAUCCCGGGGCCAGGACCGGCGACGAGACGGCACAGGGCAGGACGCCAACAACCUCCACCUGUGAAGCUGACAGAAGAAGAGAUUUAUCAAACACCCUUAGAUCUCUUGAUGAGUGAGUGGCCUACCAAAAUGUUCAUUCUUACCCUGGCCGUGCUUGGCACUCUUGGUACUGCUACAAUGAGCCAGACUUUUACCAACUAUGGUGAGAUAGAGAUCACCACAUGCCCUAUCACGUACUAUGGACAGGAAUAUGAAAAAGUAAAUGUUGCCUUCAACGACAGCAAGUUUUCACUUUGUUUCACUGGGGCAUAUGAAUCUAGCAGCCAAAAUGACUGCAUAGUUGUAUCUGGAGGAAUGGCGGACAAUGGCAACUGGUCUGUACUUACUCAAGAAAUACCCACCGGCUCCGGCAUCCACCAAAUGGUACCAGGCCUGAAGCAUAGUGGAAAAUGUGUCAAUGUUAUACCUUUGAAAGACAAUCAGGAUUCUAAGAUUCAACAAGUCGAACUCGGAAACUUUGGAAAACAAGCCAUUUUGGCCAUCAAGACAUAUCCUGGGUACACAAAUCCUGAUCUUGUGGCAGAUGUACAGGUAAAUGGCCAAACAGUUUCCAAACAUGUGUUUCCGACCAAUGAAACAAGCAUGGGAAUAGUCAAGAACAUCGGUGGAUGCAGACUGGCAGGUUCUGUUUACAUGAGCAAUACCACUGUUAACGACCCAGCCAUUUGCUCUACGGUGACAUGCGAUGUAAAUGGAGUUGCCACAGCGGUCAAUCAAUGCCCCCCAAUGCACCAUUGCCAGGGUAAUGGGAGUUGUGUUUUUAACACAAUGUGCACUCUGACCGGUUGCACCGUCAUCAAUUUUGUCGGCCGUGUUCACAACAUCUCCGACCGCUGUGGAUACACCGCACUGAGGUCUGAGGCUGUCCCAAAUGUUCGCAUCCAUGCAGUUUUCCGGGAACGACUCCGUAAAGAUGUUGGCUUAUUAGACCACAUUAUUUUGCAUCUGGACAGCCAAGAUGUUCAGAUUAUCCUGUUGCAAGGAGGCAGAGUCAAGAUCAACGGCGAGGUGCUGGCAGUCUAUGCUACACCAAAAGUGGUCCAUGGUGUGGAAAUUUCAAAGGUCCAGAAUGGAGUGACUGCCAAAAUAUUAGCCUCCAACUAUACACUUUCAGUCUUCUUUGAUGGAAACACAGCACAGAUUCACUUGAUAGGCAAAAAUGUCGCUGCUGUGCAUGGACUAUGUGGGAAUUCCUCUUUGGAUUUUAACCAAGAGAGAGUUGCUGAUCACAGCAUCGCAGGGUGUGAGAUGCAAUUUAAAGACGCUGAUGAUAGUAUGAUCAACUGUAAAGCUGCAACUGAAUGGUGCAAUCUCAUGUGGCAAGAUCCAUUCACUCAGUGCCACAUGUACAUCGAUCCAGAGCCCUUUGUGUCAGCCUGCAUCAGCAAUUUGUGCCAGUAUCCUGCUGUGGAUGGUCUCAAAUGCCAGUUAUUGGAGGCCUACGCCCGAGCCUGCUACGACCAAAGCAAUGUCAAUGUUGACGGCUGGAGGUCGUCAGCUAAAUGUGAUGCUGGUCAUCAAGCCCUCUGCCAAGACAAGUACUGUAGUGAACACGAGUACUGCGGUGAAGGCUAUGACGGACAAACCCACUGCCUUUGUCGGGCUAUUUUUGCCUCUGACUACAGAGCCACAGAAAAAUUCGGUGAGCCAAUGGUUUGCAGCCAUUCAUCUGCGUUAGUCGACAUGUACUGUUGCCUUCUAGAGGAGAAAGGUAUAGACUACACAAAACUGCAUCUUAAUGAUGAAAGCUGCAAAGGUGAUGUAAAUAAGGAAACCCACAUGGUGAGAUUCAACUUUAAUCGGGACAACACUUGUGGUGCAAUCAUUAAGGCAAACACCACAAAAAUAACCUACCAAAAUGUCAUUGCGACACCAAAGUUUUCCACUGUGGUGACCCGUUUCAACAAGUUGCUCAUGGAUUUUUCCUGUCAUUUUGACCAACCAGACCUGGAGGGUCUGGCGAUCAGAAUGAUAGACAGCCCUGUGAUUAAACACGUCACGUCAGGAGAAUGGAAUUAUUCUUUAACCAUGGCAGCAUACACUGACCCUGAAAGAACACAACACAUAGAGAGAAACAAAGAGGUCCGGUUAAACCAGAAGAUCUGGGUGGAGGUCAAAUCAUUUGGGCUGGAUGGAGGUGCUAUUUCUCUGGUGACAGAAUCCUGCUGGGCUACAAAUCAGUCGGCUUCAGAGGGUAGCCUUCGAUAUGAACUUAUCAUUGAAGGAUGUCCCAAUACUGCAGACGGGACGAUCAAUAUUGAAGGCAAUGGAGAGGGAGCAUCAAACUACUUUUCCUUUAACGCGUUCAAGUUCUCAGACAACAACAAUGAAAUGUUCCUACACUGCAGAGUAGAGUUGUGCGUUCAACAGGGAGACUCUUGCAUCCGGAGGUGCAACUCAUCACGAAGGAGACGAAGAUCUGUGCCUACAACUGUUGGUGAUGGUGAUCCAUCCAUCAUCACCAUGGCUUGGGCCUGAUAAGAGUGACUUUCACAACAUCUUCAGUCCCACUGAUACUAACCCAUGAUUCACUGUAUAGCAUCAUUAUCACAAUUUCCCAACUCAAGCCAUUUAAAGCAACAGUAGGUAACUUUUCAGUUUUGGUCGAUUUUAGCGACGCCGGUGGACAAAAGUGUUAGUGUUUGAGGACCAGUGCACACCCGCACAGUGUCGCAGUGUUGUUUGGCAGGGUUCCCGCCACCCGCCUCAAAGUUAAUUAGUGCCAGUGAAAGCGAUACAGACCCCCUCAAGAUAUAAUAGAGGUGUCAUUGAACUUGUUGUCAGUUGACGUAUCAUCAUAA